AUGACAGCCUCCGGACUGGUCGAAAAGCUAAAAUCUCGAGCCAUACAAUGGCUGGAAGACAAUCGAGGUCUUGUUAUUGUGUUGUUCUGCCUUCCUGCUAGUUUUGUAAGUUUGUUUUUAAUUUUUUGGAUGUUUUUAGGUAAUAAGCUGAUGCCGAAGCCUUGAAGAAGAUAUCUGAAUCGUAUAUCUCUGUUGUAGUUAGAUGAAUCGUUUUAUUCUAGAUUUCUAAUGUGUUUCGGUAACAAACUGGACCAAUCUGUGAAAAACAAGGACCAUUUUGUUGUGUUUUUGGUUUUUGAACUAUUUUAGGUAACAAACUGAAGCUAAGGCACUAAAAAGAACACAAAACUGGUUCUUUUUCAAUUUCUGAAGAGUUUUAGGUAACAAACCACAAAAAACAAUAUAAUUCAUUUCAGAUCUUCGACAUGGGAAUGCAAUUGCGAUGCUGGAUUCAAAGGACCUUCUUCUCAGCUCCACAAGAUCAUAUUAAACGUGUCAGACAAAUCCAGCAAGCCGUCCGUCGAUGGAAUGAGUUGCCUGAACAAGAUCGUAAGCCAAUGUGCACGGCCAAGCCGGCUUGGCUCAGUUUAUCAACUACUUUCUUUCAAAAGGUAUGGUUGUUUCCUAGAAAUGAAUUUUGUUACCUAAAAAUGAAUUUGUUACCUAAAAAUGAAUUUUGUUACCUAAAAAUAACUUUUGUUACCUAAACCUUAAAAUUCAAAUUUUCAGGACAAAUGUCAUCAAAUUCCAAUUCCAUUAUAUGACAUUUUGGAGCUGAAUGAGGAUAAAAUGACAAUAAAAGUGGAGCCAAACGUGACAGUCAGAGAUUUGACACGAUUUUUGACUCCGAAAGGCUACACACUGGCAGUGACGUUAGAGAUCGGAGAUGCUACAGCUGGCGGACUGGCUUUCGGUGUGGGUAUGACAACAUAUUCUCAUAAAGUGAGUGACUUAUGAUUGGUUUUUGAUUUUAGGUAUCAAUUUGGAUUUUUGCUGUGUUUUAAGCCUAAGGCAGGGACGCGGGGGAGAGAGGGGAUGAUCCACAUCCAUUGACCUCUUUGCCUAGCCACGUCUCUGGCCUAAAGUAUCAUGGCCUUAGGCUUCAAUUUGAAAAAUUUGAAAACCCCAUUUCCAGGCAGGACUAUACCAAGAAACGAUAGUAUCAUACGAUGUAGUGACAGCUGAUGGACAGCUAAUUCACGUUACAAAGGACGAGAACUCGGACUUGUUUUAUACGUUACCAUGGUCUCACGGUACACUGGGUUUCUUGGUGGCUUUGGAGGUUCAAAUAAUCAAAAUCAAGCCUUAUAUUCAUAUGAAGUACAUUCCAGUAGGUUUAUUUAUUUUUAUAUAUGGUUCCGGGAUCCACCCCCCCCCCAGAGCGAAAAAUCGAAAAAAAAUUUGAAAAAUCGGUCCACAGAUAGCGCUACCUGGAUUAUAUAAAUUAUAAAUGAUUUGUGUAUGUGAAUCAGUCCGGUAAAUAAUUUAUGAAUUUGUGAAUCAGUCCGUACGAUGGCAAAAACUUCUUUUACAAAUCAAAAAAUGGCAAGAACUUUCUUUACAAAAGGAAAAAUGGCAAGAACUUUCUUUACAAAACAAAAAAUUUUGUAUUUCAAAAUGUAUUCUAGGUCCACAGUCAAGAAGAAUAUUGUAACCAGAUGAUGAAGUUGUCAGGAGCUGUGGAUAAGAACGAUUCGGUGCCAGAUUACCUAGAAGCCACGAUUUAUUCCAAAAAUGACGCUGUCAUCAUGGUUGGCAACUUUGCUGACGUUGAUGCGAAGGAGAAGAGGAGGAAGGUAUGGGUAAUACUAGGUGCCGACAUAAAGAACCCGCCAUUUUUCAGAGGGAUUUACAAGAAAAGUAUGGCGGGUUCUUUAUGUCGGUCUAAAUGUUUUUUUAUUUUAAAAAUUUUUUAAUUUAAGGUGAAUGCAGUAAGUGCAUGGUACAAGCCCUGGUUCUACAAGCACACGGAGAAGUUUUUGAAGCAUGAAGGUGAAGAAUACAUUCCAAUUCAAGACUAUUUACUACGUCAUAAUCGUGCCAUCUUUUGGGUUGUGGAAUCUAUGAUUCCGUUCGGCAAUCACCCAGUUUUUAGGUAGGUUUUGAUGAGUUUUGUUACCUAAAAAUGAAUUUUGUUACCUAAAAAUGACUUUUGUUAUCUAAAAAUGGAUUUUGAUAACUAAAAAUGAAUUUUGUUACCUAAAAUGAAUGUUGAGUAUGAACAUUUUUAUCAUUUUGCAUAAGGAUUUGUUAAAAAUAUUUCAAACUUUUAUUUCUAGGCUGCUUUUGGGCUGGCUAUGCCCACCAAAACCGGCUUUCCUCAAGUUCACCACAACCAAAAUGGUCCGAGAGAUGACAUUUGCCAAGCAAGUCUUCCAAGACAUUGUUAUGCCCUUAUCAACCCUAAAAGAACAAGUAGACACCGCCGUUGACCUUUUCGAUACGUACCCACUACUAGUAUAUCCAUGUCGUAUCUACGAUCAUCAACGUGGACCACAAGGCCAAUUGCGACCACCCCCUGAUGAGUUGAAAACCCCAGGCACCAACUAUGCCAUGUUCAAUGACUUGGGAGUGUAUGGUACUCCAGGACCGGUGAAACGAAAGGAAGCCUACAACCCGACGUAUGCCAUGCGGGCCAUGGAGAAGUUCACGAGAGAUGUGGGCGGAUACUCGUUCUUGUAUGCCGACAUAUUUAUGACCGAAGAAGAGUUUGAAGUCAUGUUUGAUCUGAAGUUGUAUAGAGAGGUAAGUUAACAUGUUUUUUGAGAAAAAAGGUAUAGGAUGUGAAGAAAAUGACAAGAACUUUCUUUACAAAACUCGAAAUGGCAAGAACUUUCUUUACAAAACAAAAAAUGGCAAGAACUUUCUUUACAAGACAAAAAAUGGCAAGAACUUUCUUUACAAAACAUCAAAUGGCAAGAACUUUCUUUACAAAACAAAAAAUGGCAAGAACUUUCUUUACAAGACAAAAAAUAGCAAGAACUUUCUUUACAAGACAAAAAAUGGCAAGAACUUUCUUUACAAAGAUUUUUUUCCAAAAUAAAGCUAUUGUUCUUUUAGGUCCGUGAAAAAUACCAUUGUAAUGGAGCUUUUCCCUCUCUGUACGACAAGGUAAAGCCUGAAAUCGAUGUGAUUUCCAUUGGAAAUGAGUAUGCCAAGCAAUAG